AUGGGUAAAACUAAUGAUACGAAAGAAACAAUGAAAGAAUUACGUGAAAUCAAUAAUUUUAUUGUAUUGUAUAUUGAUUUAAAAGCUUGUAUUGAUUUUAUUGAAUCGAUUACAAAUGAAAAAAUAUUUCUUGUUACAUCUGGAAGAGAUGCUUUAAAUAUUUUAAUAGGAGCUCAUGCAUUACGACAAAUUGAUUCAAUAUUUAUUUUUUGUUUAAAACCUGAAAAUAUCAAUAUCUAUUACAAACAUAUACUAAACUAA